AUGUCUAACACACCAGUGGAUGAGCGCCAAGCUUUGCUAACAAAAAACGACGGUGGGACACCAAUCGUACAAGAAUAUGGCACAGCCAGCUCGUCGGGCACGUCAACACCAUCCAUAGUCAAACCGAGCGCUAUUAAUAGCCCCUCUGGAACCGACUUGCUUUGGAUUCUUGGUGGUCUAUGGUCCGCCGUUUUCCUUGGAGCUCUGGACACCACUAUCGUUGCAACGCUUGUCUCACCUAUCGGGUCUUAUUUUCAAAAGUCACAUCAGGCUUCUUAUCUAGGAACCUCCUACUUGCUUAGCGUGUGCUGUUUUACUCCCCUCUAUGGAAUUGGCACACUGUUGUGUGGAAUAGCUACUUCUAUGGAAUUCUUGAUUUUUGCGCGUGCAGUCGCUGGCAUGGGUGGCGGAGGCGUUAUGACAGGUCGUAUUUCAGUCACGGAUAUUAUUCCAUUGAAGCAGCGUGGUCUGUAUCAAGGACUUGCCAAUAUUUUGUUUGGAUUGGGUUCCGGGAUUGGAGGUCCAGUAGGCGGAUGGAUAAACGAUACUUUCGGAUGGCGCACAGCAUUCCUUAUUCAGAUACCCAUUCUUGUGCUGUCUGCAAUCGUUAUCACUUUCAAAGUUAACAUCAAACUACCCGAAACCAAACAAACUGCGCGCCAGAAACUCGCACGUAUUGACUAUGCUGGUUCAUUUACGUUAGUGGUCUGCGUCGGAUCGUUACUCCUUGGAUUGUCCCUCAAAACCGGGGAGGAUCUCAAGUGGAGUAGCCCCAUCGUUGUCAGCCUGUUGUGCUUGAGUGCUGUCUUUGCGGUCGUGUUUGUCCUUGUGGAGGCGAAAUGGGCACCCGAACCGGUAAUGCCGAUGAGACUGCUCACGAUGAGGACGCCGUUUUUUGUCGCAGUUUCGAAUUUCUGCAUGAGUUGCUAUGCAUUCUCAAUGUUAUACAAUGUUCCGCUGUACUUUUCAGCAGUACGGCUUAAUUCUGCUAGCGAAUCAGGUCUUCAUUUAUUGCCUAAUGCGGUUGGUUUAGUCCUUAUAGCUGUCUCGUGUGGUAGCGUCUUUGCUGGGUGGCAAGAUGAUGCGAAGAACCGGAAAACUGUACUGGUUGACGAUUGCUUCAGCAGCUGGAGCUUUGUUAUCAGCCGCCUUGAUCUCUUCUUGGAACGAGUCUACGCACCAUUUGCACCUUUGGCUCGAUAUUGCAUUUGGAGGGUUCGGCAUGAGUUCCCUCAUCACUUCAACUCUUAUGCUCUUAUUGCAAGUGUAGACAAAAAAGAUUAUGCUGUCGCGACUGGUAUAUCAUAUUUAUUUAGGACUACUGGUCAAGUUCUUGGAGUAAGUCUCAGCGGAGCCCUGGUCCAGGCUGUCCUCGUAAGCUCCCUUAGAAAAGGUAUACAAGGGCCGGAUGCAGAAAAGAUCAUCCAAAGUAUCAGACAUUCGACCGCGAUCAUCCCCACGCUUGACCCACCUUUGAGGGUGGUCGCAAUACAAUCAUAUCAACGUGCACUCACAACUGUUUUCACCUGCCAAGUCGUUCUCGCUUUCGUUCUUAUGCUCAGUUGCUUGCCUAUCGAAGAGAACCCAUUACCGGGUUCUCAUGAGGAACAGGAGCAACAGGAGAGGCUCAGGAGGGAGAGAAAUGGGAGGGUAGCUGCCUAA